AUGGAGCUCAAUGAAGCCGUGAAGGUCCUUGUUCGACUAGCACAGUCAGAAGUAUUCGCUCAAGAUAUCGCAGCAGUGUCCAAGGACGGUCAAGUGGGACCGAAAUCAGCUCUGAAACAUCACACUCCAAUUAUCGUCGAUGGGAUCCUCAGAAUUCGUGGCCGACUUCGACAUGCGGUCAUAUCUCUAGAUCGGAAACAUCCAAUGAUUCUGCCUGCGCGACAUCCCAUCACGAAAUCAAUACUUAACUACUAUCACCUAAAGAAUUUACACGCCGGACCACAACUGCUUGUAGCGUGCGUUCGGGAAAAAUUCUGGCCACUUCGCAUCCGCGAUUUGGCACGAAGCGUAGUGCAUUCCUGCAUAAGCUGCUUUCGUUGCCGUCCUCGAAACCUCGAGCAACUCAUGGGAGAUCUACCUCCAGACAGAGUUACCCCAACGUUGCCCUUUCUUAACACUGGAGUAGAUCUCUGUGGACCAUUUCUAUAUCGUAGCAGCAAAAGAGCGACUGCUAUAAAGUGCUACGUAGCAAUCUUCGUGUGCUUUGUCACAAAGGCAGUUCAUAUAGAGCUUGUCUACGACCUCUCCACUGCGUCGUUCAUAGCAGCAUUGCAUCGGUUCAUCGCUCGCAGAGGGAAGCCAAAUCAAAUAGAGUGCGACAACGCCAAAAACUUCGUGGGAACUUCAAGAGAACUGGGAGAGCUCGCCAAGCAGUUUCGUUCACAGCAGCAUCAAGAUGAAGUAAUCAACCGCUGUGCAGAUAACGGAAUAUCCUUCAAAUUCAUCCCGCCACGCAGCCCAAACUUCGGUGGCCUUUGGGAGGCGGCGGUUAAAUCGUUCAAACAGCACUUCCGUCGUACCGUUGGAAACUCUGUACUAUCACAGGAUGAGUUUGUGACACUUCUGGCCCGCAUCGAAGCUUGUUUAAACUCAAGGCCGCUCACACCACUCACAGCUGAUCCAAAUGAUCUGGAGGUAUUAACACCGGGUCACUUUCUCGUAUUUCGUCCACUGACAUGCUUUCCCGAACCUGACCUCUCCGGUGUCCCGCAAGGCCGACUUAGCCGUUGGCAAGAAAAUCAGCAACUCCUUCGGCGACUCUGGAAGCAGUGGACAAAGGACUAUCUUUCUGGACUCCACCCCCGAACCAAGUGGACGCGCAUCAGAGAUAACAUCUCCAUCGGCACGAUGGUUCUUCUAAAGGAGGAUAACCUCCCGCCUCUAAAAUGGAAGUACGGUAGAAUCACCAACAUCAUUCGUGGAGACGAUGACAACAUCCGCGUAGUCGACGUACGGACCGUAGAUGGAGAAUAUCGGCGUGCAAUCUCGAAAAUAUGCGUCCUUCCUACUCGUCAACCCACAACCGAGUCAGCUGGCGCUGCCAGUAUCAACCCAGAUGACCUCUAA